UUUGAAUCAAACCUUGAGCCAGUCGGGAUCGAACUCUUGGCAGUGGGCAGAGUCAGCCUGCAAUGCUGCCUUCUAACCACUCCCGUCCCCGGGGUUUCCCUCCAGAUCUGGAAGGGCUGCGGGCUUUCCAGAACCAGAUCGCCGCCAUCCAGCGGGACGCUGUGUGGUGGUUGCACACCGUGGUGCCAACCAUCACCAAGCUGGCUCCGAAAGAAUACAUACACUGCCUGCACAAAGUCCUGUUCACGGAGCAACCCGAGACCUACUACAAAUGGGAUAAUUGGCCCCCAGAGAGCGACCGCAACUUCUUCCUCCGCCUUUGCUCCGAAGUGCCAAUCCUUGAGGACACCCUGAUGCGCAUCCUGGUCAUCGGUCUGUCGCGGGAGCUUCCCCUCGGCCCCGCCGACGCCAUGGAGCUGGCCGACCACCUGGUGAAACGGGCAGCAGCCGUGCAGGCGGACGAUCUCGAAGUCUUGAGGGUGGAGCGGAUUCAACUGAUCGACGCCGUCUUGAACCUGUGCACUUACCACCAUCCUGAGAACAUCCAGCUGCCUCCAGGGUACCACCCUCCAAAUCUGGCCAUUUCAACCCUCUACUGGAAGGCUUGGCCCCUGUUGCUCGUGGUGGCUGCAUUCAACCCGGAAAACAUCGGUCUCACGGCUUGGGAGGACUAUCCCACACUAAAGAUGCUGAUGGAGAUGGUGAUGACCAACAACUACUCCUACCCUCCCUGCACUUUGACUGACGAAGAGACCCGUACGGAAAUGAUCAGCCGCGAACUGCAGAUCUCCCAGCGGGAGAAGCAGGAGAUCCUGGCCUUCGAGGGCCACCUGGCCGCGGCCUCCACCAAGCAGACCAUCACGGAGAGCAGCAGCCUCCUGCUGUCCCAGCUGACCAGCCUGGAUCCCCAGGGGCCUCCUCGCAGGCCGCCUCAGCCCGUCCUGGACCAGGUGAAAAGCCUCAAUCAGUCCCUGCGCCUGGGGCACCUCUUGUGUCGUAGCCGGCACCCCGACUUCCUGCUCAACAUCAUCCAGAGGCAGGCUUCUUCGCAGUCCAUGCCGUGGCUGGCAGACCUCGUCCAGUCCAGCGAGGGCUCGCUGGACGUUCUCCCAGUCCAGUGCCUUUGUGAGUUCCUCCUGCACGACGCGGCGGAUGAGUCGGCCUCUGGAGAGGAGGAAGAGGAAGGAGAAAGCAAAGAGCAGCGGGCCAAGAAGCGGCAGGUAGGCGGUUCCUCAGGUUUCCCGUUCUUUGAAAAGCAAAAUGGCCGGCUUAGGAAGCGGGUUGACGGAGUAUUUGUCGCCCACCAAGAAUUUCAUCCUGGCCCAAACACGGCAGGUAGGUCUGGAUUGGCGACCCUUCGUUUAGUGGCUGGAAUUACAACGGCGCUCGCAAAGCCUCUUACGACCGUCUUUCACACUUAACGACCGUCGCG